AUGCAGGAACCUGGAAGGCUUUGCGAGAAAUGCCAGAGUUUCGGCUUGAGCCCGACAGCCUUCCGUUCGUCGCCCUACGAAGAGCGGCGGAUGCAUCAGCUGGGUAGAUUCGUCGAAGUCAAAGCGCGUACUGACUGCGCUCUUUGCCGAUUCCUGACUGAAGCCUUUGUUGAUGGGCCGGGCACUGACAGAAUUUCGCAAGACGAAGCUUUGGUCCAGGGCACAUGGUCUUCCAUAUCAGACGACCUGCCAAAUGCUUGCUUGUUAUUCUGGCUUGUAGCGAACAACUAUGUCGACAAAAUCGAAUUCAGCAUCAGACAUAUCAGAGAUGAUGAAGGACCUAUGCUUGGAGAUGCGAGAGUCAUAAAUGAUGCGUUUGUCAACGUAAAUCUAGUCAAGAAAUGGGUUAAUAUCUGUGAAAAGGAGCACGAUUGCAAAGACGUCCCUAUAGAAGCGACGCGAGCUUCCCGGCUGCCUGAUGGAUUCAUGGUGAUCGAUGUUGUUGAUAACUGUCUGAUUGGCAAGACAUAUCCAUGUCGAUACCUGGCGCUAAGCUAUGUAUGGGGCAAUAGUAUAGCUUUCAUGACGACUUCUCAGAAUGUUGAUAUGCUACGAGCGAAAGACUCUAUUGGACACAUUUGGAACCAACUAUCUCCGACAAUUCAAGAUGCCAUACUAUUUACUCGUCAAUUAGGGGAGCGCUACAUCUGGAUUGAUAGCCUGUGUAUACUACAAGACAAUGCACAGAAUGCGGCUGCUAAUAUUGAAGCCAUGGACUCGAUAUAUAGAUACGCGAUGGUGGGUUUGCUAGUUGCGGAAGACAAUGCAGCCUCGAGAGGGCUGCCUGGGGUUUCGAAUCCUCGUCAAGUACAUCAAUUUCGCUCAGAGCUUUUGCCCGGAUUGCGUGUUCUAGGUCGCUUCAACCACAGCGCGUAUUUGGACCAAGCCAAAUACAGAUCGCGAGGAUGGACUUAUCAAGAAGAACAGCUUAGUACACGAGCGCUUAUUUUCGCAAACCACCAACUAUCCUUCGUGUGUCCUUCUCAUGUCUAUGGGGAAGAUGUCCACGAAGGAAACCAGUUGGGGCCGGAUACAGUUCUCAAGACCCCAGACAUUACCUCCAGGUACAUCCGUGAAGGUCAACCCCAAUCCGUGAUGUAUUUCCGAGCUGUACAAGCUUAUACUUUGAGAACCUUGACGUUCCCAUCCGACACGCUCAAGGCCUUCAGCGGCAUAGGUGCUGUGCUAAGCCAGACGCUUUCAUCGGAAAUGAUUUCCGGACUCCCUGCGUCUAUUUUUGACCUGGCUCUUCUCUGGCAGCCAGCUAGUAAAAUGAGCCGUAAAGAAGGCUUCCCUUCCUGGAGUUGGGCCGGGUGGCAUGGCGCGGUGCGGUGGAAUGGAGAUACCAUGGAACUUGCGUCGUAUGGAACUCUGCCUGAUCUAAAGCAAGAACAACAAGUCAUAACAAAAUGGAUCAGGACGCGUACUUGGAUUGACUGGAAAUACAGAGACCAAAAUGGAACUGAAAGCCUGGUAUGGGAGCAUAACAGAGAAGGAAAAGCCGGGUGUGUAUUUUGGCCAUCCUCCGGAUAUGUUGAAGUCUCAGAAAUUGGCUAUGACUCUAAGACUGCGAUUAAGACGAAUCCUUUUGGUCGUCACUCCGACUCUGAUCCGAUCAUAUCAACUUAUAAAUCUCGCUACUUACCGACACCUGCCAUGCGCCCCAAUUUGACCAAAAUUCCCGAUUACCUUCAACCUCUAUGUUUUCAGACGCUUUCAGCUCAAUUCUACAUCAAACCUUCGAAUCAUUACCUUCGCUAUGGCUCUGUUGAUCCGUUUUGGGAGCCAAAUGGGCGCGUCGUCUUUUUGCUGUACACUGAAGACUUACAAAUCUGCGGGUACGUUUUACUUGAUGAGGUAUGGAAGUCUCAGUUUUGCGCUGAAGAGCCUUACGAGUUUUUACUACUGUCGGAAGCAAAUUAUUACUGUGAUUGGAGACGCCCGCAUGAAGACCACCCGUAUAAAAGGUUCAAUGGCUACCAAAAUUAUGAAGAGUUUCACGUUAUGAUGAUAGAGUGGAAAGAAGUUGGCGGAGACGGUGCCAAGGCUGCUGAGAGGGUCGGCCUGGGGAGGGUUCUAAAGGAGGCCGUUAGGAGUAUAGAUGCCAAGAAUGUAGCUUGGAAAGAAGUUAUCCUUAUUUAAGAUAUUCAAGGCAGUAGAGCGCAGUAUAAGAG